UUUAUAGGAAGCUAGAAAAGCAAGAACAUAUGUGUGGCUUAGAAGUGUUUGAAAUUAUUCCACAGCCACUUGCUUUCAUUUGCCGCAUCGAAAGUAUGCUUUCUAACUUUGGCGCCAACGACCUUUUGUCUGAUUGCCGGUUUGCGGUUUGGCAACGUUCCCAAGUUCAUCUGCUAACAAUAAAAUCUAGACGAUCAAAAAAAAAUGUUGAGGAGAGGAUACAGCUUUCGUGUGCGAUCCUUGAUCCUCGACGCAGCAGAUGAUCAUCUCAGUUAAGCGCAGUCACUUUCGCUCGGGACAUCGCCGCUAAGCUCGCUGGCACGUGUUUACUGCUCGUAGUACCGUGGCUAAUCAUGAAAUCGGACACCAACAAACCGGACACAUCGCAGUGGGAUCAGUUGGAGCAUAUGGUGAAAGAAACGCGCAAUUUUCUCACCGAGUACGACGACAUUGUGCUGCACAAAGAGCUCUACCGCACGUUGUUUAUGUACCACCUGACGAAUCUGCGGGAUGAGGUGAUAUUGCUGCUGAAAAAGUUUACCACCCUACCGAAAGACAUUGCGGAGGAGAAGGAGAUUGAGUGUUGCGGGGUGAUGUACAGCGAUAAAGAUGCGUUCAAGCAGCACUACGAGGAUGUACACAAUAAGAAAGUUCUCCAAUCAGCUUCCUUAUGCGAGCUUAAAAUGUCUCUCACAAAAAUUACGUUCUUCGAACGACAUCUCAAAGACUAUCUGUUGGGCGGACAGGAAUCAAGCUGUGAGCUAUUGCUGAACUUGCGAAGGAUAUUGAGACGAUUGGAUCAUACGUUGGAGUUUUAGUUUUUAUUUUAUUUAAUGUUGUCAACCAAUCCUGCUCAGUAACGAUUCCCAUAAAACUAUUAUAACUCGU